AUGCGGCUCGGGCCCCAGCCCGUAUCCCGGGUCCCCAGCAGUCGGGAGGGAGAGUGGUCUCAGCCUGGGGCCUUGUGUGCUGUCGCUGCCGGUGCCCCGAUGGUCAGGAACUGAGGACCGCACCUGACACCGGACUGGGCCGGGAGCCCCGGGCCUGAGGAGGCCCCUUGUUACGGCAGGGCUUUUUCGAUGGCGGAGCGGGCAGCGCAAAUGGCCACCUCCCUUCGACACUGCCCGAGGGGCGCCUCUGACCCCCAAGGAAGCCACCCAAGCAAAGGCCAGGUUCCUCUCUCCUAUUUCUACACCAGUUAAUAAGUGGGGCGUUUGGCGAAGGUCUUCAAAACCCAGUACUCUCCUUGUCGGUUUUUUUGCCCUGGAGCUUCCCGAGACCCCACCGCAGGGAUGGUGGAGACGAUCCGAGUGGUAAAUAGGGACCCCCGGCAAACAAUGCCCAGGGAGGGCUAAACCUCCCAGGAGGGAGAUAACCGGACCAGUGUGGUUGCACAGGGCUUGUGACUAGGAGCAGUGGCAUGAAACAGCCAGGGAAUUCUGCUAUGGCUUCUUCUUUCCCUCUUUCAUUUUUCUUCCUUGGGGAAGCCUCUUGAGGAGACUCUUCCACCAUCUUAGAAGAAGGGUAGAAAGCAUCUUUGUUUCUCAGAGAAGCAGCUCCACUUUUCUCCAUCCUUAGCUUUUAGGAAGGCAGAAGAUGAGGGUAGCUAUUAUUUUCAUUCUUCGGUUCACAGAAGAUGAGUUUAAGAUACCCGCAGAUACAGCCUUGACACCAAAAUAGUCGCAAGUAAUCACUGACAUAAGUAGAUACAAUCCAGUAAUUUCCAACCUGUUUUAUUAUUUUUUUUAACAACCUAGGUUUCCUUCUUUUAAUUCCUACUCUCACCCUACCUAUGUGCCUUCUUUUAAUUCCUGCGCUGACCCUAACCCUGCUGUGAAUACCACUUUGUAUUCCAAAUUAUCUUAAGUAAUCUUUUUUUUUUUUCCAUUUUUGUGUUAAACUUGUAAAUUCCAACAGGAACUUUUGAAUAACCUGAGAGAGCUAAUGUUAUUAACACCAAAUUGAUAUAAUUUCACCCAAAAGCAAAGAAACAAUGUUUUAGUUAGCCUGUGCGGUGUCGUCAUGGUUAAAUAUACAAAUUAAGUUAAGACUUUUUGAACCAUUAAGAAUAGCCGAUGGAUUUUUCCAUUAUUGCCUUCUCUUAUCUGUCUUAAAAGCUACACCACUGUUCUCGUCUCACAUCCCUUCCUUAUGUUGUUUACUUCUACAUUCAGUUCUUGAAGAACAUGAACUAGAGUUCAUAAUAUCUUGUUAAGGGCCAUUUUUCAGUAUUGCCAAUUUUGUUGAUUUAGGGAUUCAUGUUUUUCAAAUUGUAAGUUUGAAAAAUUGCUAGAACAAAGUGUUAGACAUAUUCCAAUCAUGUUUAGGAAAGUAAAUGUUAUAAUUCAAACAGCCUUCUAUUCUUUGGGGUUUUAAUUGCAGUCAUGCUCGUUAGUGAAUCCUUUAAGUUUCUCUUGAUCUGUUAUUACUCUUGUGUUAACCUGACAUGUAAGAAUACUUGUAUGUCCUUUGUUCAUAUGUUUUCAUUUAUUCACUUUAUGCUUUUGUAAUUUGCUGUGUCUUCCAGUUUGAAAAAAAAUCAGCAAAAGUUCCUUUUUUGGCAAAGCAGGUUUUUAAAACUUUUUUGUAUUCAAAAACACCUUUUACGUCAUAUGCAAUACCUAAGAUGCUAAAUAAAAAAUGCUAAAUAGACAUAUAUAAAACCAACCCCAUUGCCUUCGAGUCGAUUCUGACUAAUAGUGACUAACAAGGUCAUAAUAAGUAUUUGCUUAUCAUUUUGGUUAGACUGGGCUGAAGCUUCACUUUCUGGCGAUGGAAAAAGGAAAUGUGGUAAAAUAAAGCUAGCUGAAUUUCAAAAUAAGUUGACGCUUUGCAUCCAGUCUCAUGAAUGCUUUAACUUGCAUCUUUAUGGUCAUCAGAGUUUUCUAGUUCUGUGAAAGACAUUUUAAUUGUGACUUUCACCUGAAAUUCUUAAUGAAAGUUACUUUCGAAUAUUAGUUAAUUUUAGAUGCUCUAGAGCUGCACUAUCCAAUACUACCCACUAGCCACAUGUGGCAGUUGAGCACUUGAAAUGCAGCUAAUGUGAACUGAGAUGUGCUUAAGUGUAAAAUACCCAUCAGAUUUCAAAGACUUAGUAUCAGAAUAUUUAAAAUAUCUCAAUAAUUUUUUAUACUGAUUACAUGUUAAAAGAAUAUUUUGGACAAACUUAAAUGAAAUAUAUUCUUAAAAUUGUUUCUUUUUUCCUUUCAUAAUGUGACUACUAGAAAAUUUUAAAUUACAUAGGUAGCUCACAUUGUAUUUCUAUUAAAUAGUGCUAUUCUAGAACAUCAAUAUCCUUCCCAGAAAUAAAUUAUCUGAAUAAAAGUAGACACAUGAAAACCAAAAACUUCCUAAUAGAGUACCCUUUUAAAAUCAGAAAAUCAAAAGGCUAAGAACAUUUUGGUAAUGUGAAGGAUAAAGGUAUCCAUUAGCCAUUAUUUGAUAGGCGGAAAUGAGUGAUUAGAUGCUGUCUUAAAAAUACAAGUAUUUUUCAAGCUUAGUCAUUACUAAAGAAGCAAAUUUUGUUGGUUAUAUUAGUCAAAAUGGAAAGUUAUCCCAUUACUGCCAUAUUAGAAGGUAUUGAAAGUUAAGUCUCGUACUUAUUUAAAAACCAAAUUUUUUGUUUAUCACCAUAGUGGAUUUAAGAAGUGAAACGUAAGUCUUUACUACAGCAAAGUCACCUGUAGUAGGAGCCUUUACAAUUGUGAUUCAACUCUUUUUUUUCUCUAAUCCUUUUGAUACGGUUUGGACGCUUAAGUUUUAGAUCUUGCAGUUUCUUAGCUUAGAACCUAAAUUCUACCCAAACCAAAAACCCAUUGCCAUCUAGUUGAUUCUGACCUAGAACUGCGCCAUAGGGUUUCCAAGGCUGUAAUCUUUAUGGGAGCAGACUGCCACUCCUUUCUCUCAUUGAGUGGCUGGUAGGUUCAAACCACUGACCUUUCAGUUAGCAGCCAAGUGCUUAACAACUGUACCACCAGGGGCUUCUGUAUUCUACCGACGAUGCUUUAAAUAUAAUUUUAAGCCCCAAAAUAAUUAUUUUUAAGGUUUCUAAAUUGAAAAUCACUGUUAAGUCCAUUUCAGUCACUUAAAUUCCUUAUAUGGGUGAGCUGGAAUAAAAAUUGUCUUAAUUAACAUACCUGAGUCCUAAGCUUAGUACAGGGUUGACAUCUUUAUAAAGAGAAUUGUAAAAUACUGAAGGUUUUUUCUUAUAUGACAGUGAAAAAGGCAUAGACUUUAUUCUGGCAUUUUUUUUAAACCAGGUGCCUUAGUCCUGAACUGGCUGCAUAAUAUAGUGGACAAAUAAUAGAAAAUGAAACUGCUUAUGUGUAUGCAGUUUGUUCUUAAUAAAGCAGUUUGUAAUUUGCAUCAUAUCAAAGAUGUCUGUUAUUCCUCCUGUUUUAUGGUUUAGCAUUCAUAGCAAGGAACUUAGAGUCUGAAAAAUUACUUGAAUAAAAAUUUGUUUAAGGUCCUGUCUCUAAUUUUUCUUACUCUUACCCUUUGUCUUUCUAUCCCUCUUAAAUUUAAUGAAGUUAAUGGAAAUAACUUAAAAUGUUUUUAUUAAACAGCCCUUUAGAUGUCUAGAGUUGUGGCCUUUUUAAUCCAUUUUAUCUCAAUUUGAAAUGUCUUGGGACUAUCUUUAAGUUGAAUACUUAUCUCAUUAUUAACUAUAACCUUUUUUAUUAGCAAUUUAGACUUUUAUAGGCUCACAGAAAUACGUUACUAUAAAAUGUAUUACAAAUCUAGAAUCUGGUUUUAUAAAAGCAUGUAUUAGCUAUUCUUGGUUCAUUUAGAUGCUUCUUUUUUUUUAAUAAAUUAGAAAGAGAACAGGUUUUUUAUUCUUUUUGAUACUUACAAAAAUAUUUUCUAGUAAAAAUUUACAAAGUGCAUUUUUAAAGAAAUGAGUGUCCGAUUUUGUCAUCACUAGUUAAACUAGCUAACAACAAUAUAGCCUUCUUCCGUGAUUUAGAUAGUCUUAUUUUCAUUUGUCUAUGUAAUUGAGGAAUCUAGAAUUUAUUGAUAAAGGUAGUGAAGAAAAACAUUUAAAAAAUAUUCAAAAGUCCUUAAGUCUCAUCGUAUAAGGAAAGAAAAUUUGGCAGAGUUUCUUUUUUAUGUUUGAUAGGUAUUCAAUUUCUGGUAGAAAUUAAACUUCUAGACAUUAAUUAUAUUAAAACUUGUAGUGUUUUUACGUCUAAAAACAUGGGAUAUUAUUACACAAAACUAUCAAGAAUAUUCUGGAAUAGUUUGAAACACUUCAGAACUGUAUCACCCACCUGCCCCGUUGCCGUUGAGUCGAUUCCGACUCAUAGCAACCCUGUAGGACAGUAGAACAGUCCCACAGAGUUUCCAAGGAGUGUCUAGUGCCUUCAAACAGCCGACUUUUUGGUUAGCAGCCGUAGCUCUUAACUACUAUGCGUAUACUAGGUGAAAAUAUGAGAGAUUAAAACUCCAGUGACUUCACGCCUUUGACCCAGUUUACUUUAAUGUAAAGCAUUUUGAGAUGAUCUUGGAAAACUAAAUAAGGAAAGCAUAUUUGCUACUAGUCUUCUAUUCCCCAGUGGCCUGUGAUGUACCCUAGCCCACUAAAUUAGCGUUUCCAAACAGGUGCCAUUAUGAAAAAAUACAUGCAGCAUCUUGUUUUGAUAUUUGUUCGUGUUAUUAACUAAAUUAGGGCUCUCAGUAGUAGAUUUAAGAUAAAAUUUGUUCUUCCUCAGGGACCUUUUCCUUGUAUUAUUCUCUAUUAUUGCAAUAGAAAAGUGAACAUUAAAGGGGUAAAAAAUCUGGACAAAAGGAAAUGAGGAACCCAGGGAAAUGGGAAGAGUGCUGACACUGUAGGCAAUGAAAGCAAUUGUCAUGGAACACUUUAUGUAUAAACUAUUGAAUGGGAAGCUUAUUUGCUUUAUAAACUUUAGCCAAAAGCACAAUUUUUUUUUUAAGUGAAUGUUAAAAAUGCUAAGUAGCUGUAGGGAGUGAUGUGUUUACCUGCUUAGUGCUCGGCUCUUAAUGUUGGAAGCAAACUAACUGGAUUUUAGAUUGAUGAUGGCAUUGAUAGGUGUGGCAAUGUGAGUGUGGAAGGUAUAAAAUAGAGUAUAUUAUAACUUGCAAGAUUUGGCUAGUUUAAAAAUAAAGAUAUUAGAUAUUUUGAAUUAAGAACUGUUUGAGAAAAAUUGGUAUAGGGUGCUUUUUACUUAGCAAUUGAUUUUUACCAAGAUAUUUUUUUAUAUCUUAGUUUUUGUGAACAUAAAAGCAUAGUAAAGGCUAACAGAAUUUUUCGUUUCAGUGUUAAUGGGAAUGCUUUCAAUUACAUACUUUUUUCUUCUGAAUCUGACUACAUUUUUAAAAAACAAAUUUCUGUGCAACUAAUACACAGUGGUUUGUAAACAAUUCUAUGAACAAAGUAUUGGCUGUUUGAUUCCUCUAAUUCCUAGUUUUCUUGUUCACCAGAGAACUUUUUGUAAGACUUAUGUAAGUUUUCAAUUGGAAGAGAUGGAAAAUUUGUGAAAUGCAGAGUAUUGUAGUUAAAUAUCUAAGGAUUUUAAAUUAGAAGACAAUAUAGUCUUGAUAUUGUAGCCAAGCACAGCCACCACUGGUCUAUCAGCAAAGGCUUGUGUGUUGCGAUGAUGCCAAACAGGUUUCAGUGGAGCUUCCAGACCAAGACAGACUAUGAAUAAAAGCCUAAAAUCUAUUUCCAAAAAAUCAGCCAGUAAAAACCCUGUGAAUCACAGUGGUUUCAUCCCAUUGUGCAUGGGUGCCUAUGAAUCAGGGGCUAACUUGAUGGCAGCUAACAACAACAGUCUUGAUAUUGUCUUUUAUUUUACCAAAAAAUGUAACACAAACAUUUUACUCUCAGGAAUAAGAAAAGAAGAAAUUCACUCACAGGCAUUUUAUCAUGUGUUUUUCCAGUUUUUAAUCAGAUACGUAUAUAAUUUUUCUCAAACCGUAAUCGUACAUAAAUAGAAAUUUAUAUUUUGCUUUUUUAUCUUAGAAUUAUGAGAAUGUUUUAUUCUUCUUCCUCAUUGGACCUGACAGUUCUUAGCAAUAUGUAUCAAUCACUAAAUAGUAUAGUUUUGUCAAAAGAAUUACAGUGAACCACAUUCAAGAUUUUUAAUACAUGACAAUAGCAACUCGAAAGAUUAAAUAGGAACCUCAGGGGGCAGUGAGUUUAUGUUAAUGGGGGAGGAACAAUUCAGAAAAGGAGGGUGAGGAUGGUUGGUGCAACUUGAAGAAUGUAAUCAAUGUCACUGAAUCAUGUAGAAGCUUUUGAAUUGGUGUGUGUUUUGCUGUGUAUGUUGUCAACAACAAAAAAAUAAUUUUUUUUUAAAGGUUUUUAAUACAACAUGGAUGUGAAUAAUUAAAAUUUUUUUGCUUUGGCCGUAUAUUUUGUUGUCAGCAUCAUUCUUUCCUUUUUUUUUUUCACUCUUUAGCAUUUCAAAACAUACAGUUCUAUCACUGCAAUCUUCUCUUAUACAUGGAUUUUCAAUACCUCAAUUAGCCUCUUGUCAAGUUCUAACUAAAGAUUUCCUCCUUCAUGAAGCUGUCAAGUUGAACAUAUUCUUAACUGACUUGGUCAUUCAGAUGGCAAGGCUGUUUCUUCACACUUGAUUCACUAUGGUAUUGUUCAGCUCUAAUAGUUUCCAGAGUUCACUAACUCUUGUCCUUAGGUGCCUUCGAGUCAGUGCCAACUCCUAACGACCCUGUAGGACCAAGUAGGUCUGCCCCAUAGGGUUUCCAAGGAGCGGCUGGUAAUUUGAACUGCCAACUUUUUGGUUAGCAGCCAAGCUCUUAACCACUGCGCCACUAGGGCACCUCACUAACUCUUAGACUGUAUCUUAAUGUGUUUUGGAGUAGUAGUUAUAUCAGGGGAACACUUGGAAAAAAAAAAGCCAGCGUGUGUUUUUACAAAUGGAAAUAUGGGAAGUUAAUCUGCUUAUUUGAUAUGAUCAUUAAGAAAAAUACAUGAAAGCGUUGAUGACUGUUACAUGAGCAAUCCAUAUAAAUAUAGGGUUUAAUUGAAAGGAACACUAUUAUGGUAUUGUGUCUGGACGGAAGUUCAGAAAUUUAAUUCAGCUAAUUAAAAAUACAUUCAAAGCAUAUAAAUUAUUUAGACAUAUUUUAAGUUCUGAAACAGUUAACAAUGAAAUGUUAAUGAUGAAUAUAUGGUUAAUUCUUACUUUUGUCCAUUUCUAGCUUACAAAACACUACACAGCAAAAAUAAUGAUCUGCUAGACUGCUAACUGGAGCAUCCAGCUUCCACAAUGCCUGUGCAGGCAGCUCAAUGGACAGAAUUUCUGUCCUGUCCAAUCUGCUAUAAUGAAUUUGAUGAGAAUGUGCACAAACCCAUCAGUUUAGGUUGUUCACACACUGUUUGCAAGACCUGCUUGAAUAAACUUCACCGAAAAGCUUGUCCUUUUGAUCAGACUGCCAUCAACACAGACAUUGACGUGCUUCCUGUCAAUUUUGCACUUCUCCAGUUAGUGGGAGCCCAGGUACCAGAUCAUCAGUCAAUAAAGUUGAGUAAUCUAGGUGAGAACAAACACUAUGAAAUUGCAAAGAAAUGUGUUGAAGAUUUGGCACUCUACUUAAAACCACUAAGUGGAGGAAAAGGUGUAGCUAGUUUGAACCAGAGUGCACUGAGCCGGCCAAUGCAAAGAAAACUGGUGACACUUGUCAACUGUCAGCUGGUAGAAGAAGAAGGUCGUGUAAGAGCCAUGCGAGCAGCCCGUUCCCUUGGAGAAAGAACUGUAACGGAACUGAUAUUACAGCACCAGAACCCUCAGCAAUUGUCUGCCAACCUAUGGGCUGCGGUCAGGGCUCGAGGAUGCCAGUUUCUAGGGCCAGCUAUGCAAGAAGAGGCCUUGAAACUGGUGUUGCUAGCGUUAGAAGAUGGCUCCGCUCUCUCAAGGAAAGUUCUGGUACUUUUUGUUGUGCAAAGACUGGAACCAAGAUUUCCUCAGGCAUCAAAAACAAGCAUUGGUCAUGUCGUGCAACUACUGUAUCGAGCUUCUUGUUUUAAGGUCACUAAAAGGGAUGAAGACUCUUCCCUGAUGCAACUGAAGGAGGAAUUUCGGAGUUAUGAGGCAUUACGCAGAGAACAUGAUGCCCAGAUUGUUCAUAUUGCUAUGGAAGCAGGACUUCGUAUUUCACCUGAGCAGUGGUCCUCACUUCUAUAUGGUGACUUAGCACAUAAAUCACACAUGCAGUCUAUCAUUGAUAAGCUCCAGUCUCCAGAAUCAUUUGCAAAGAGCGUCCAAGAAUUGACAAUUGUUUUACAACGAACAGGUGACCCAGCUAACUUAAAUAGACUGAGGCCUCAUUUAGAGCUUCUUGCAAACAUAGAUCCUAACCCAGAUGCUGUUUCACCAACCUGGGAGCAGCUGGAAAAUGCAAUGGUAGCUGUUAAAACAGUGGUUCAUGGGCUUGUAGAUUUCAUACAGAAUUAUAGUAGAAAAGGCCAUGAAACGCCUCAGCCUCAGCCGAACAGUAAAUACAAGACUAGCAUGUGCCGAGACCUACGACAACAAGGCGGGUGUCCACGAGGAACAAAUUGUACAUUUGCCCAUUCUCAGGAAGAACUUGAGAAGUAUCGAUUAAGGAACAAAAAGAUCAGUGCAACUGUAAGAACGUUUCCUCUUCUAAAUAAAGUUGGUGUGAACAACACUGUCACAACCACAGCCGGAAAUGUCAUUUCUGUCAUAGGAAGUACUGAAACAACAGGGAAAAUUGUUCCAAGUACAAAUGGAGUUUCAAGUGCAGAAAACAGUGUUUCUCCACUAAUCCCACGUAGUACUGAGAAUACAUUAAGAGUUCUGGAGACUGUGAAGAAAGUGGGGAAGGUUGGCACUAAUGGUCAGAAUGCUGCUGGGCCCUCUGCAGAGUCCGUAACUGAAAAUAAAAUUGGUUCUCCACCCAAGACUCCUGUAAGUAAUAUAGCAGCUACCUCAGCUGGGCCCCCUAAUGUUGGAACAGAGCUGAAUUCUGUGCCUCCAAAAUCUAGCCCAUUUGUAACUAGAGUACCAGUAUAUCCUCAGCAUUCUGAAAACAUUCAGUAUUUUCAAGAUCCAAGGACUCAGAUACCUUUUGAAGUCCCACAGUACCCGCAGACAAGAUACUACCCACCACCUCCAACGGUACCAGCUGGUGUGGCUCCCUGUGUUCCUCGCUUCGUGAGGUCCAAUAAUGUUCCAGAGUCCUCCCUCCCACCUGCUUCCGUGCCAUAUGCUGAUCAUUACAGUACAUUUUCCCCUCGAGAUCGAAUGAAUGCUUCUCCUUACCAACCUCCUCCUCCGCAGCCGUAUGGUCCAGUUCCUCCAGUACCUUCUGGAAUGUAUGCCCCUGUGUACGACAGCAGGCGCAUCUGGCGCCCACCUAUGUACCAACGAGAUGACAUUAUUAGAAGCAAUUCUUUACCUCCAAUGGAUGUGAUGCACUCGUCUGUCUAUCAGACGCCUUUGAGGGAAAGAUAUAACUCAUUAGAUGGUUAUUAUUCAGUGGCUUGUCAGCCACCAAGUGAGCCAAGGACAACCGUGCCUUUACCAAGGGAACCUUGUGGUCAUUUGAAGACCAGUUACGAGGAGCAGAUAAGAAGAAAGCCAGAGCAGUGGGCACAGUACCACACUCAGAAAGCACCUCUUGUCUCUUCAGCUCUUCCUGUGGCAACACAAUCACCAACACCGCCUUCUCCUCUAUUCAGUGUAGACUUUCGCACUGAUCUCUCUGAGAGCGUGAGUGGUACAAAAUUUGAAGAAGAUCAACUUUCCCAUUAUUCUCCCUGGUCUUGUGGCACCAUAGGCUCCUGUAUAAAUGCCAUCGAUUCAGAGCCCAAAGAUGUAAUUGCUAAUUCCAAUGCUGUGUUAAUGGACCUGGACAGUGGAGAUGUUAAGAGGAGAGUACAUUUAUUUGAAACUCAGAGAAGGACAAAAGAAGAAGACCCGAUAAUUCCUUUUAGUGAUGGACCUAUCAUCUCAAAAUGGGGUGCAAUUUCCAGAUCUUCUCGUACAGGUUACCAUACCACGGAUCCUGUCCAGGCCACUGCUUCCCAAGGAAGUGCGACUAAGCCCAUCAGUGUGUCAGAUUACGUCCCUUAUGUUAAUGCUGUUGAUUCAAGGUGGAGUUCAUAUGGCAGUGAGGCCACGCCAUCAGCACACUAUGUGGAACGGGAUAGAUUCAUUGUUACUGAUUUAUCUGGUCAUAGAAAGCAUUCCAGUACUGGAGACCUUUUGAGCAUUGAACUUCAGCAGGCCAAGAGUAACUCAUUACUUCUUCAGAGAGAGGCCAAUGCUCUGGCUAUGCAACAGAAGUGGAAUUCCUUAGAUGAAGGUCGUCACCUUACUUUAAAUUUUCUGAGCAAGGAAAUUGAAUUAAGAAACGGAGAGAAUGAUUAUACAGAAGAUACAACAGAUUCUAAGCCUGAUAGAGAUAUUGAAUUGGAACUUUCGGCACUUGAUACAGAUGAACCUGAUGGACAAGGUGAACAAAUUGAAGAGAUCCUGGACAUACAACUUGGUAUCACUUCUCAAAAUGAUCAGUUGCUGAAUGGAACAGCAGUGGAAAAUGGACAUUCAGUCCAGCAGCACCAAAAGGAGUCACUAGAGCAGAAGAGACAGAGUUUAGGUGAAGACCAUGUGAUUCUGGAGGAGCAAAAAACAAUUCUGCCGGUGACUUCUUGCUUUAGCCAGCCACUUCCAGUGUCCAUUAGCAAUGCAAGUUGCCUCCCCAUCACCACAUCUGCCAGUGUUGGCAACCUCAUCCUGAAAACUCAUGCUAUGUCUGAGGAUAAAAAUGACUUUUUAAAACCUGUUGCAAAUGGGAAGAUGGUUAACAGCUGAAAGGAGGUUCAUCUUUCAAAUUUGUGAUCACACCAUGGAAGCAUUUACACUAGCUUUUUAUAUAUAUAAUAUAUAUUAUAUAAUGUAUAUUUUUUUUAAAAAAAAGAUAUUACUGGGGCAUCCAUUUCCUGUGGACUCUUUGAUACUUCAAGCCCUCUUGCAUUAGCAUUCUGAAAAGAACAAAAAAAAAAAAAAGAAAAUUUACUUUACUAGGGUAACAUGUUCAC